GGUUUAUGAUUUAUUAAUAAUUUUCUAUAUCAGAGUAACAAAAAGAUUGAAUGUCUAAAAUCUUCAAAAAUAAUAAAAAUAUCAUGUCACUAAAAACAAUAAUAAAAAGGUCUGAUCACAUCAAGUACUAUUCUAGUAGCACAAAAAGAAAUUAAGAAUUACAUAUAUUAGUUCUUACAAAUUAUCUGUCCACAUACAUAUAUAAAAUCCACAUCAUCUAUGCAACUUUUUUCUAAGAUAGAGAAACGUAUGCAGCAAAGAAGUAAGUUAAUAAGUUAGAAUAAGAAUGAGUUAUAAAAAUUUUAUGAGGGAGGUGAUCGCUGGGCGAGAAUGGGUGGUGAGCAAUGUGCGGCGAGGAUGGAUGGGAGCAUGGUAUAUAAUCAAAUUUUGCAAUAAUUAUUCCCUAACUUGAAAAAAAAUGGGGAGGGGUAUAAAUGGCAAUUCGGGAGACAUUGUCCUCGCCAUAAUCCAAGCCAAGGUUGAGGCGAGCAGAGUAAUUAAUGAGCAUGCCUCCCAUUCUCCGGCUUCUGGUUCUUCUCCUGAUGACACAGUCCGGCGGCGGCACGGGUGAGCCCCAAUUCAAGGAGGCGCCGGCAUUCCGCAACGGCAAGUCGUGCGACAAGUGGAGCGACGUGGUCCACAUCGCCAUGACCCUGGACUACUCGACCCCCUACCUCCGCGGCUCCAUCGCCGCCGUCCUCUCCGUCCUCCAGCACUCCACCUGCCCCGAAAACACCGUCUUCCACUUCCUCUCCAUCCCCCACCACCACCCCCACCUCCGCGCCACCGUGGGCGCCACCUUCCCCUACCUCCGCUUCCACCUCUACCCCUUCAACCCUGCUUCCGUCCUCCACCUCAUCUCCUCCUCCGUCCGCCGCGCCCUCGACCAGCCCCUCAACUACGCCCGCAUCUACCUCCCCGACCUCCUCCCCCCCUCCCUCCGCCGCAUCAUCUACCUCGACUCCGACCUCAUCGUCGUCGACGACAUUGCCAAGCUCUGGCGAAUCGACCUCAAUUCCCACGUCCUCGGCGCCCCCGAAUACUGCCAUGCAAACUUCUCCCACUACUUCACCCCCAAAUUCUGGUCCACCCCCUUCUUCGGCGCCACCUUCCGCCGCCGCAACCCCUGCUACUUCAAUACCGGAGUAAUGGUCAUCGACCUCAUCAAGUGGCGCCGCCACGGAUUCACGCACAAGCUCGAGCACUGGAUGAGGAUCCAAAAGCGUUACAGAAUCUACGAGCUCGGCUCCCUCCCGCCCUUCCUCCUCGUCUUCGCCGGAAAUGUUUCCCCGGUGGAGCACCGCUGGAACCAGCACGGCCUCGGCGGCGACAAUCUCCAAGGGCUGUGCCGCGAUCUCCACCCCGGUCCAGUGAGCCUGCUGCACUGGAGCGGCAAAGGGAAGCCGUGGCUCAGGCUCGACGCUAAAAAGGCUUGUACCUUGGACUAUCUAUGGUCGCCGUAUGAUUUGUUCAAACACGAGUUAUUAAUUGCCGACACAUGAUGGCCGCCGCAGAGGAUUAUAACCCAGAAUAAUUGAGUUGGAGACAGGGAGGCGGGCUUCGGACAAAUUACAUGCUGACGCACACACGGAGAAUCGGAAUGCGUGAAAUUUUGAUCAGAUUCUGUGCCAUACAAUUCUUAUUCUGCACACUUGUUUUAUUUUUGGGGGGAGUUUUGUUCUUGGACUAUUGGUCAACCCAGAAUCUACUGAGGCAGGUGGCGCCGCCGUGGGAGGGGUGGUGGCAUGCUGGUCGACUGUCCAGAUUCGUACAUUCCUACUCAAUUAAGGGUAAAUAUACGCUUCAGCUGUAUUGUACGCCCAGGAAAAGUGCUUGUACGUUUGUGACUCUUUACCAACUUUUUUGUGUUGCUUAUAAUUGUGAUUGUUUUAUUGGUGUUAAUAAUUUUGUCUACAUUAUUGUUUUGCGCUUUUGUUUAAAAUUUAUUCCAUCUCGUGACUUUUGUUA